AUGGCGGACUACGGUAGCCCCGGAUCGCCUCGUACUCCACAAACGUAUCAGAUUGACUUUUCGGCGGUAGCGAGCGGUAAACGCAUUGCGAGCUCGAAACGUCGCGUCCGAUGGCGCUUUGGAUUCGCCAAUUCGGAGGCUCUCGCCAGCGGUGAGACCGGCACGGCUUGUCGCGGUGAAGAACACGACGUGACGCUCGUUUGGUCGAUUGCCUCGGGCAAGCGCCUCAUUCUCGUCGACGGACACGAAGUCCACUACUCCAGCAGUCGCAACGCCAUCUUUGACUUUUCCUGGACCAUGCGCGGCAAUCACGUCCUCAAGAUGGUAGCCCACGUGUCGCCGCCACUCUCUCCAACCCCCGGGUUCCGGCAGUACGAUUUCUUCAUUGACGGACAGUCCUUUUUUACCUUUCCCAAGGUCUUUCGCCUCGGAUUGGCACCCGGACAGGCUCCAGCGAGUCCAUCAGGCGCAUCAACAUCCUAUGCUGGUAUGGCUCCGACUUCCGCCAGGCGUUCCGCUAGUGGCGAGAUUGUUUCGAUGGAAGCCCCCCACAACCCCGAUGAGGAGGAAGCGUAUCUUCAAGAAGCCAUUCGUCAGUCCCUCCGGGAUGACACACCGGCUUCAACCUCGCGAGGAGCACCGACCAACCCAACUAGUGAUCUCCUCGAUUUUAGUAGCCCUCCAGCCGGUGCCCCGACCCAGACAUAUUCUCCGUCCACCAACGACCUCUUUUCUCCACAAGCAUCGGCCACAAGAAAGCAACAACAUGUUUGCCUCGCAAGGUUCUAUUACGUCGGAUCCUUGGGGAGCUCCGGCUCCGGCAGCACCACGGAUCCGUGGGGAGCUUCCGCUCCCGCGACACAUUACGGAUACGGAACACCAGCAGCUGGUCCAUUGCCAGCCCUUACCGGGCCUGCGCCCGCCGCUACCGGAUACGGUGGUUACAAUACGGAUCCCGUUCAGGCCCCGUACGGAGCUCCCGCACUCUAUCCUCCGCCAGCCCAGUCCUACGCCCCCGCACCAGCACAGUACGGUGGGCCGGAACAAACCCACGCUCCGGAUCCGGUGCAAGCACCGUACCAAGCUCCUGUUCAAUCGCCAUACCAAGCUCCUCCUCCCGCAUCGGCGUGGCAAGUCCCGGCUGCGAUUGCCACGCAGCCGCCGUACGGGCAAGAUCCGAGCAUUCCGCCGUCAGUGACACCGCAAGCCCAAGCGACGCCGUCAACAAUAGGAUUUUCUUCACCCCCACCCGACUUUUCUGGAUUCUCCUCGGCUCCGCAAGCAUCCGAGCCGGCGCAGGCGCCAAGCUCGGACCCUGUCGUGUUCUCCAUGAACGCUCUUAGCGGCGAACAAAAUGGACUGGUUGACAGCAACUCGACGGCCCAGUCCGCGUCACUGGUAGAUCAGGCUUAUUCCAAAUUGGUCAAUAUGGAUACCUUUUCGUUGGUUUCGAAGAAUGACGAAGCUCGGUCCAAUCCUUUUGACAUGGGUAGUACUACGGUGGGUGGAAACGUACCAUUGGCCCAAAUGAGCAAGCAUAAGAGUCAAACCGCACCAAAGAAAGAAGUCAUGAGAUCGCCUGCGCCGCCUCCAGGAUCAAUGAUAGUUGCCAGCAAUCACAACGGAAACUGGGGUGGCCAAUACGGACAGCCGCAGCAGCCGGAUAUGCAGCAAGCGUAUGGUCAGCAACAGUCUCCGAUGCAACAGCAACCUCAAUACGGACAGCAGCAGCCUCCGAUGCAGCCGCAACCACAGUACGGACAGCAGCAGCCUCCGAUGCAGCCGCAACCACAGUACGGACAGCAGCAGCCUCCAAUGCAGCAGCCUGGACAACUCGGGCAACAUGGACAGCAGCACUUUGGGCAAACUAAUCAAAUGCAGUAUGGUCAAGCGCAGCAACCUCCAGCUCAACCAGGAUACAACUAUUUUUAA